AUGUUUGCCCAGUUUGGAAUACCACGUACGGUGGUGUCAGAUAAUGGGACGCCUUUCACGGGCUUCGAAUUCCGUCAGUUCAUGGAGCGCAAUGGCAUUGUACAUAUCAGAACAUCUCCGCAUCACCCACAGAGCAAUGGGCUGGCUGAGCGCGCUGUGCGGACUGUUAAGGACGGAUUAAAGAAGAUUGGAAACGCCGAGUUGACGACCUCCCUUGCCCGCGUGCUUUGUAACUAUAGGAAUACUCCUCAACAGUCCGGACUGUCACCUUCGGAAAGGCUUUUGGGCUACCGGUUGCGCACAAGGCUGGACUUGUCUUUUCCUACCAGGAACCACCACAGUGUCUCGACCAAGCCGACGGAAGACACCGACUGGAAUUUCGCCCCCGGUCAAUCCGUCUAUGUGCGAAACUAUGGAACGGGCGACAAAUGGACGCCGGGAAGGGUCAGGGCCACGACCGGUGCUCGACUUUUGGAAGUGGAGACUGAGGCAGGGAUUGUCCGUCGACAUAUGGACCAAGUACGAAGGUGCGACAAAGGAUUGUUUUUGGAGAGCAAGGACACUCGGGAAUCGGCGCUACCUGACAACAAAGCGACGGCCGAAGACGCCAAGGACGCGUCUGCAGAAGCACUACUACGACGGUCAACGAGAACAAAAACACCGGUGGACCGUUAUGGUUACUAA